AUGGCGUCGCUGGCAGGAUCGACCAAGAAGCAAAACGGCAAGGAUAAAGAAGAGAAGCCCGAGCGGGCAGAGGAGAUGAAUCUCGGCGGAAACUAUGCUCGUUGGGAAGUGCAGGCUCGUGCUUACGUGCAGAAGUUCCCCGAGUCGGAAAGGAAAGUGGCAAUUUCAGGCCUGUUGGCCGUUGAAGCGGCCGAUAGGGCUUUUCAGUCCAGUGCAUUCGAGGAAGAGGAUCUCGAUGGGGUUUUUCGAAAACUGCGAUGCCUCCUUGAUACUCCACUUCACCCAAUCGAGUACCAGUCACAACUCCACUCGGCACGCCAGAACAUCGGGAAGACCGUAGAGGCAUACGCGUACCGCGUCAAGCAACUCGUGUCGAAGGCUUUUCCCGACGACAACAGCGAAGCCCAGGAUAAGCUUGCUGUGGAACGCUUUGUAGAAGGAUUCAGUGGUGCGUUGGACGUCAGCAGCGAGAACCAAUCCGGAGACCCUGGUGACCAAGGCCUCAACAAGGACCGACUAGUGGUGGAUGCCGUUACAACGACUAUCGACGACGAUGGAGUGCUCGAAGCGAUGACCCGACCCCUCCCAGGGGGCAAAACCACAAGGGAAGCUCCUCACACCCGGUGGCCAGGCGCUACCCAGCGGACCACGGUGAGUAUAUUGUUCCUACUGUGCAUACCGCUCAUGAAAAUUUGA